CGAGCGCUACUUGAAGGCCGUCGACGAUCUCCGGCGAUCUCUCAGCGAUACGGUCACCGCCAGCCCUAGACGCCUCUCAUCCUCCUCCACCUCCACCUCGUCGCCGGCCAACACGCUGCAGAUCGCCAUGGCGAAGCUCGAGGACGAGUUCCGUCACAUCCUUAUCACCAAAGCGAACGAUGUGGAGAUCGAUUCAGUCGAUCUCAGCUGCCUCUCGAUGAACAGCGAUCGUAGCGACAUCUCCGAUGACGAGACCUCGACCUAUCGAUCUACGAAGAGUAUACGAGAGAUCGAUCUCGUUCGGCCUGACGCCAUCGUCGAUCUCAAAUCCAUCGCCGAUCGCAUGGUCGAAGCUGGAUACGGCCGCGAGUGCGUUCAAGUGUACGGAAGCGUUCGAAAGUCGGCGAUCGAUCUCAGUCUUCGCCAUCUCGGAGUGGAGAAGCUCAGCAUCGGCGAGGUUCAGAAGCUCGAGUGGGAAGUUCUUGAGAGCAAGAUCCGACGAUGGAUCAGAGCUGCGAAAACUUGCGUUAGGGUUAUCUUCGCCAGCGAGCGGGGUCUCUGUGAUCGAAUCUUCGAAUCCGAUGAAUAUCCGUUCAUCGAGACGGUCAAAGGAGCGGCGCUCCAGCUCUUCGGAUUUCCCGACGCGAUCAGCAUCGGCCGGAGAUCGCCGGAGAAGUUUUUCAAGAUUCUUGAUCUUCACGACGCUAUCUCGGAUCUGCUACCUGAUAUCGAGGCUGUUUUCAGUUCGAAAUCGUCGGAAUCAAUCUACAGUCACGCUUCAGAUAUCUUGUCUCGGCUCACUGAAGCUGUUCGUGGAAUCUUGUCAGAGUUUGAGAAUGCCGUUCUUCGAGAUCCGUCGAGAACACCUGUCCCUGGAGGUACGAUCCAUCCUUUGACUCGGUAUGUGAUGAAUUAUGUCGGUCUUAUAUCAGAGUACAAGCAGACUUUAUUUGAAUUGAUUGUGACUAAGCCGUCGACUAGUUCGAGGUUUAAUGGGGAUGGUACAGGUGGUGUAGUAAUGGAGAUUGAUUAUCCUGAAUCGGAGAACAGGUCGCCGUUGGCAUCGCAUUUGAUAUGGAUCAUAGCUAUUCUUCAGUACAAUCUUGAGGAUAAGGCAAAUCUUUAUAAGGAUAAUGCACUGUCUCAUCUUUUCUUGAUGAAUAAUGUUCAUUAUAUAGUUCAAAAGGCGAAAGGGUCUCCAGAGCUCAUAGAGCUAAUUGGGAAUGACUAUUUGAGGAAAUUGGCAGGGAAAAUUAGAAACUCGGCCACUAGCUAUCGGAGGGCAACUUGGGUGAAGAUUCUUCACUUUCUGAGAGAGGAAGGUCUUCAUGUGAGUGGAAGUUUCUCAUCUGGGGUUUCAAAGUCGAUAUUGAGAGAGAGGUUCAAGUCAUUUAAUGCUGCAUUCGAUGAGGCACACCGGACCCAGGCAACUUGGCUUGUGCCGGAUGUUCAGCUGAGGGACGAGUUGAAGGUUUCUAUGUCUGCAUUAUUGGUGCCAGCUUAUAGGUCAUUCUUGGGGCGGUUCAGGCAUCAUAUAGAGAGUGGGAGGCACCCUGAGAUGUAUAUUAAGUACUCUGAAGAUGAUAUUGAGGCAGCAAUGGCUGAUUUCUUUGAAGGGAGCCAGCCUAAUCCGCUCAGCAGAAGAAAGACUCACUGAAAUUGAUCUCAAGAAAAAACGGAGUAUAUAAUGGGUGUAGUUGUAGCAGAAAUUCUUUUAAUCUUUAGAAACUCUUCAGAUCAGUCUACGUCAAUAAUACGAUAGAAGUCUUUGAUUUUUGCUGCUAUGAGCCGUCCAAAUGACAGCUGAGAAUACUGAGGGUUAACAACUGUACAUGCUUCUUCUUUAAUAAAGAGUACUAAUCACUUCUCACUUCAGAUUGAGCUGGAAGAAUGGCUUUUGUAGGUAGUGAUAUUGUUUGUGCAUUCUUUUUCGAAGUACAAGUUGUAAGUAAUAACUGUCUUUUAGACAAUUUCUGGUUGUCAUUCUGUUAGCUGAUUUCUGAAGUUGAAGGGCAUAUGCAUCAUAUAUUUGAAUCAA